CUCAGUAAAAAUGUCCGGUAGAAAACACAAUAUUAUGUGUUCUCUCUAAAUCUCCGUUAUCGUUUUUGUCUUUUCUUCAAACCGUCGAUUCACGCGGUUUUUCUAAAACGACAUUACUGAAAAACCUAGUGUGAACAACGCUUCGCAGUAUCACCGUGUUCGCGACCGCUGCUGAAGCGGGUCUGUUGGCUAGCUGUGGCUAGCGUUAGCCUUUAGCCGCUCAAACUCUUUAGCGUGAACACCGCGACUUGGACGACCGAAGCUUCCGGUUGACAACAAAACAAUCCGGAGCACGAGCUGGAAGGAAGGAAGGAAGGAAGGAGGUGGGCUUGUCGGUUUGCUGUGCAGUCAAACUCUGAGGUUCGUCGCCGUCUCCUCCGAUGGAAUCCCUCAACACGUUUGAAUCGGAGAUGGAGGCCGACGGACAGGGGAACUACUCCCUGUUCCCUGCUCUGGACAGCAUCGCGAGUCUGUCGUCGACUGCAGAAACUCUGGAGAGUGAACCAUCCGGUGACAUUGCGGAGAAGCCAAACCUCACGUGGCUGGAUGCCGCACAGAUUGUCUUGGAGGAAGCGGGACGUCCCAUGCACAUAAGGGAGAUCAAACAGAGAAUCAUCGACAGGGGGCUCGUUCAGUCCAAUGCAAAGUCGAGCCUGGAGGCCGUCAUGUACCGUGAGACACAAAAGGGCAGCAGGAGAUUCAAGAGGAUUGAGAACAGAAAUGGAGUCUUUGCGCUGCUGACGGACGAGGAGCGGCAGCAGGCGCUGCAGGCUUUCCUCGGCUCUCCGCAGCAGAAUACCAUGGGCAGCUCGGGCUCAGGCUCCUCGGCGGCCGGCACCUUCCCGUCCCCCACUGGUUCCUCUGAGCCGAGGGCCAAGGUCAAGAGAGGCUCACGAAAAAGCCAGAAUGAGAAGUACCGGCUCAAGUACCUGAGGCUGCGCAAAGCGGCUCGUGCCAUGAUAUUUGAGAAUGCUGCUCUCUGCGAUGAAGUUGCCCACUUGGAAGAGAAGUUUCUGAGAACAAAGGAGGAGCGAAGAUUUUUACUGAAGUCCUUGUUGCAGUACCAGUCCCUGUCAGAGGGGGAGAUACCGUCGACACCCAGCUCAAGCUCCCAUCCACCUGUGCCACCGGUGGCACUAACCUCAGUUGUUGCAGGGGCGUCGGGCCUGUCUGGGGGGCACAACGUGGGGUCAGUGGGGUCAACAGGGGAAGAUAUCCCCCUUAAAAAGCCCAAGAAGGAAAGGAAAGAGCGCGGGAGGGAGAAUGGAAAAGAAGAACUGCCAAAGAAGAUGUCUAAGAAGAGAAAGCUGGCCGACGGGUCCCGGAAGCUGGUGCAGCCGAUCCCCCUGGACUCGUGUGGUCGCCCCGUGUUCCCCAUCGUCCUGGGAGGUCUGACGGUCUACAGUCUCGGAGAGAUCAUCACAGACAGAAUGUUGUUCAACGACGAGUGUGCCAUCUACCCGGUGGGCUUCUGCAGCACACGAGUGUUUGCCAGCAUGAAGAACUCCGACCAGCAGUGCCUCUACACCUGCCAGAUCAAGGACGGUGGAACAGGUCCAAAGUUUGAGAUCGUUCCUGAAGAAGAUCCUCAGAAUGCCAUCGUGGCCUCAUCGGCCCUGACUUGCCACUCCAACCUCCUGAAGGCCAUCGCAUCUGUCAGUUCCAAGUGUGUGGCGCCCAUCGUGCCGUCAGGAGCAGACUUCUUUGGCUUCUCUCAUCCCACCAUCCAGAAUCUCAUCCAGAGUUGUCCUGGAGCUCGCAAAUGCACCAACUACAGGUGGGUUCGUUUUGACGUGUGUCGCCCCAGCGACGGCCAGGUUCCUCACAGCCUGUCGGAGGACGACGCCUCGGUCAACUUCGAGGCCUACCAGAGACACCGAGGCUUCGACGAGAACAUCAAGACAGAGCACAUCACAGGACCGACGCCGCAGUCUCCCGGCUCCUCCCACCAGCACCACCUGACCUCCCCCACCAUCAAACCCUCUACCUCAUAUUUCAGCUCCUGAUUCCGACAGUGCCGCCGAAGUCAAAGUCGUACCUCAUGGUAAUACUUGCGAACUUUUCUUAUUUACAAGGCUUACAUUUUUCUAAUUAAAGGUGACAUAUCAUGCUCAUAUUCAAGUUAAUACUUUUAAUUUGUGUUACCAAUUGAAAAGGUUUACGUGCUCUAAUGUUCAGAAAAGCCAUCAGUGUUCUCACACUGCCCAUUCCUGCAG